CAGUAGCCAGAGAGAAAUCCUGGUGGGCGGGUGGCGCCGCCCUCUGCCAGUUACAGUUGCGGAGAGUGAGUGUCCCUCUCGAGGCUGGUUUUGGCUCGGCAGAGCACCUCCGGGGUCGGAGCCCAGAGUAGACACUGAGGAAGCGGCCGCACCUGUGGCGUCCAGGAAGGAGCGCGCCGAAGGACUGAGCACCUGUAGGGACCCAGCACAGCCCCCAGCGCAGAAAGUAGCCUGGCCAGCCGCCCGCGGGGUCCUCUGGGAAGCAGCAUCCGGUGAUGCGCGCCGCGCCCUGCGGAGGAUUCUGGGAAUCGUAGUUCAGCAGCGAGUCCGGGCCGGCGCGACUCAGCCCCGCAGGCUCCUAGAUGCCUUUGUCGCCCGCCAAGCCUACUCAGUGGUGUUCAUGAGGUCGAGCCUAGGGUCCAGGAGGAUUGAGUGCGUCUUCUCUUGAGUCUGAGUGCCCCGAAGGAGGGCCGGGGAGGGCCCCCGGGUGGAGGGCGCCGAGCUGCCCAGCGAGGGUCGCGAGAGCGUUCCCGGGCCUCUAGGUGGGCCGGCGCGGUGGACCCCCGGCCCCUCGCGCGUUCGCCUCUCCCUUUUCCCGCAGUCGUCACCGGCGGUAGCGCGGAGGGAGUCAGCAUGGAGCCGAAGCGCAGAGGGUCACUUUCUGAGGACUCAGACCUUCCUCAGGCUGGAAACCCCAAAGAAAAUGGCCUGACCACUGUGCUGCUGACCCCUGCAUCCCAGGGAUCGAUGAUCAGGGACAUGGCCGAGGCUGUCACCCAGUGGAAACAGCUGAACCCUCCACAGGGAGGCAAGCCUGAGAAGCCUAGGAAUCUGGUCUUGCUCGGGCUUCCAAUUUCCAAGCCUGAUGUAAUUUCUCAGUUGGAGAGUGGGGAGACGCUGGAAAGAAAAGUCUCAAAAGCACCUAAUCCAGACUGGGGUACAGAACCAGAGAGCAAGGAGGUAGCCCCAGAGCAGGACAUUUCUGAAGAAGAAUCAACCCCUGGGGUGUUAGUAGAGAGAUUUCCAAAGGAAAGUUCCAGUGAAUGUGAAGAUUCUUUAAAGAAUCAGCAGGAAAACCAUGAGAAACAUUUAAUACAAGAGGCUGGCCCUCAGACGAAACCUUCUGGGGAGAGAAGCUACCAGUGUGAUGAAUUUGGAAGAAAUUUUAGUCGGAGGUCAUUACUUGUCCAACAGCAAGGAGAGAGCCGACACAGCCGUGAUUCAUUUAAAAAGAACUUGAAGCAAAGUUCAGAUCUAAUGAAACAUGAGAAAAUCUGUGCAGGAAAGAAACCUUGGAAGUGUAAUGAGUGUGAGAAGGCCUUUAGUUAUUACUCAGCUUUUGUCUUGCAUCAGCGAAUUCACACAGGAGAAAAACCCUAUGAAUGUAAUGAAUGCGGUAAAGCCUUCAGUCAGAGCAUACACCUGACUCUGCACCAGAGGAUUCACACGGGAGAGAAACCUUACAGAUGUCACGAAUGUGGGAAAGCCUUCAGUCACCGCUCAGCCCUUAUUAGGCACCAUAUAAUUCAUACUGGGGAGAAACCUUAUGAAUGCAAUGAAUGCGGGAAGGCCUUCAAUCAGAGUUCAUACCUCACUCAACAUCAGCGAAUUCAUACUGGAGAGAAACCUUACGAGUGUAAUGAAUGUGGGAAGGCCUUCAGCCAAAGCACAUUCCUUACCCAGCAUCAGGUCAUCCACACUGGAGAGAAACCCUAUAAGUGUAAUGAGUGUGGAAAAGCUUUUAGUGAUCGCUCAGGCCUCAUUCAGCACCAGAGAACUCAUACCGGGGAGAGGCCUUAUGAGUGUAACGAAUGUGGGAAGGCCUUUGGCUACUGCUCAGCCCUGACUCAGCACCAGAGAACUCACACAGGGGAGAAACCCUACAAGUGCAACGACUGUGCCAAAGCCUUCAGUGACCGUUCAGCCCUUAUCCGCCAUCAGAGAACACACACUGGAGAGAAACCUUACAAGUGUAAGGACUGUGGAAAAGCCUUCAGCCAGAGCUCAUCUCUUACAAAGCAUCAGAAAACUCACACUGGAGAAAAACCCUAUAAGUGUAAGGAAUGUGGAAAGGCUUUCAGCCAGAGUUCAUCCCUUUCUCAACAUCAGAAAACUCAUUCUGGAGGGAAAAUCAGGGAAUAUGGAAAAGCCUUUAGUGAGCAUUCAGCCUUCAACCAGCAAAAGAGAAUUGAUACUGGAUAAAAGCAAUGUAAAUGCAAUACAUUCAGAACAUCCUUACUGAACAAUUACUAUAAUGCUGUGAGGGCUACAAAGGAAUUAAGACUAUGUUACAAAAGAAAUUUAAUUGAGAAGUCAUUGGUGAUAUGGGACAUAGCUUACUCAGAAUGUGAGAGAAGAGUUUCGCAUUUUUUAAAAAUAUCCUGACAGAGGACACUGUGGAUCUCCCUAGGGAGAGAGGAGAGUUAUUUCCAACACCCUGAUGUGUAUGUACGCUGCUGAAUCCUUGCACAGGAAACAGGGUGUGCCAUGAUGGAAAGAGGACAUCUUGACUGAGCUAGACGGUCUCAUAAUGCUAAGGGGAUGACAUUUUAAAGGGAUAAGUGGUCCUUUUAGGCAAAUUGAAGGGGUAGAAAUCAGAGGUUGGCAAUUUGCAUUGUCUGUCCAGAGUUGAGAGUGGUGGUGGAAGAGACAUUGUCCUUGGUCUUAA